AGAUAAAUAAUUGACCAGAGGAAUCACAACAUGUCGGUGGAUUCAGCUUCAGAUCAUCACAGGAGAUGCUUUUCAGGAAAGCCCAAGCAAGAUUCCUGUUGGUCUUGGGUUGUGUGCUUGGCAUGCGCUGCUUCCAAUAGUUUAGUCUGUGGAAUUGUUAAUAGCUAUGGUAUCAUAUUUCCAUUUCUGUUAGAGGAGUUUCAGCAAGGGAAGGCUUUGACAGCUCUUGCUGGUUCAAUAGCAAUGGUUGGCAAUGGACUUUUUAGCCCAAUAGUAGUAAAAGUGUACCAUCGAGUUGGACCACUCAAGACAACCAUAAUUGGGCUCUGUAUCUGCUGUGGGGCCCUUCUAUUAACGUCCCAGGGACCCAACAUGCACCUCAUUUUACUUACUUAUGGUGUCCUUUUCGGUUUUGGUUCCUGUUUUGUAUUUUUCCCCCCAUAUCUUGUAAUACCUCUCUGUUUUGUCAAAAGACGGGCUUUUGCAUUGGGACUUCUGGCCACUGGUCCUGGUGCAGGUUUGUUUAUAAUGAGCCCCAUUCUGGAGGCCCUUCUUGUUGGGUACCACUGGAGGAAAACAUACACGAUCCUCGCUGGCAUAAUGGCUGUAGCUCUACCCUUUCUUUGUACUCUUGGGCACAUUCCUGAACAAGAUGAUGAGCAAAUGCUUGAUCAAGUUGAUCAAAAAGAAACGCGUUGUAAAAGGAUGUGUUCAACUCUCAAGAAUAAGCGAUUUGUCAUCAUUAUGGUGUCCAUGUACGCAUAUUGCCCGCUACUGUGAGGAAGUUGGUAUGCCAGCGACAAAGGCCUCUCGCCUUUAUCUAUACAGUGGCCUGACGUCAUUAAUUAUCCGGCCUGUGAUUGGUCGGCUGUGUGACAUUAAGGGAAUUGAUGCCUGUUUCAUUUAUCAGUUGGCAGGCGCCAUCAAUGGAGUCGCCACGUUAUUGUUACCGCUGGCCACGAAAUAUUUUCAUUUCAUUUUAUACUUAGUAGUUUGGGGAUUUGCUGAUGGAGCUACAGGCUGCUCCGUUUGUGUUGCCAUCAUCGGCUGUUUCUCAGACAAACAAAGAGCUACUGCAUUGGGGAUUAGUUUUUCAGUCAUUUGUGUUAUAGCAGCCGCCGGCCCUGCGCUUGGAGGUCUGAUGGCAGAUGAGUUGGGGUCAUAUGUUCCAGUAUUUUACAUGACGGGAGUUAUACUUCUUGUAGGUUCCGCUGUCAUUUUCCUACUCCCUUUUUUCAAGCCAGAAAACGUAAGACAUGCAACAAAAUCAGACGAGAGACUCCUCGUAGUGGAAAAAUGUACAGUAGUUUGAUAGCAUGAAUUCUAGAAAUAAUAACUUUUUCUAUUGGGUAGUUUUUCUUUUCCCAAUUAACCCCUCUCUGCUUUCCAUAAAACGCAACCCUCCUUGAUUAUUACAGUUCCUUUGGGGAAUCGUAAAUCCGUUGCGCUAUUGGAAUUGUCCUAGUCCUCUAAAUUGAAUUUUUCGGAUUUUCAGCACAGCGGUGGUUUUCUCGAGCCAUUCGCACCAUUUAGUAUAACAAACUCAACAGCACUAUUGACAUAAGUCUCAUAAACGAGAAGUAUGCCCUCCCUCACACUGCGUACAUCUCUUUCGUCAUGAUAGAGAUUUACUUCUCGGUCUUCUCGCUUAUGCAUCGUAGUCUCGUUUUAAGCCUCUUCUCACGGUUGAGACUAGGCUCCUCCCCUCGAGAAAACUGCGGUAAUCGAGCUCAGUUUUAGCACUCCCGCAAACGCGUAUUCGGCCCCAGUUCUUGGGUCAUCGAUCACGGUAAAACUAAAGCGACCCGAAGUCCUUCGUAUCUUUUUUCUUUCAAUACCUUUCGUAUCUAAUUGUUCCCUUUCUCUCGUCAGCGUAUUUCUUGAAAUUGUAUCAGUCUUUCACUUUUCAAAAACGAGGAAAAUAUUAAGUCUGGCAAACCUUGAUGAAAUCAAACCUAUUGCAGGAAAUCUAGUUUUAAGUAUGCAAAUUUACAUCGACUAAGCCCAAACCCACCGCCUAAAUUGUAGCCAGCGAAUUGAGUAUAAAGAACAAAUUAAACGACGUUUACGGGCAGCACCAAGUCGAAGGCGAUGCAUGGGGAAAGCCAAAACUGAGCUCACUAGUUCAGUAAUUUUGUUUGUCGCUCCGGCGGUAUGGAAAUUAAACUUAGACAAGCAAAUUUUUAAAGAAUAAUAAUACAUAGAUACUGGGUUCUUACUACAAUGGAUAACUUAGGUCAGUAUUAUCAUGCUGGUCUUUUGUUGUGCACAAAAAGGAAAAAAAAAAUGAUGAACGCAAAGGAGUGAUUAACCAAAGAAAACGGUCCUUUAAUGGUAACAACAGUUCGAAAUCGCUCAGUGGUGAAACUUAAAGAAAAUUCAAAUGAUGCAAAAUGGGAGUUAAAUUGAAAAAGAAUGAUAACGCCAAACAGAAGGGGAAAAAAUAAGGAACAAAAAUUGUACUGAUACCCGGGAUUGUUCAUGGCUGAACAGCAUUGAACCAAAGACCCUUAGAUCUUCAGUUUGACGCUCUCCCAAGUGAGCUAUCUCGGCUGGCGAUUAAUAUAUGGGAAACAAAUAACAAAUGAAUUACUUUCAAUUCUAACACUUCUGAGUGCAAUCAACCCAAAAGUUGAAUGCACAAGGUAAAUUUGCAACCAUGCAUGAGAAGAUGAUAAAAAAAAGAAUAUUUUAAUAUAAUGUAAAAUACAAUUAAGAGUUUAAGUGAGGCCAAUAAAUUGUAUGAUC